UCUACCGGGGCCGGGCCGGGCGGGGGCGGUGCCCGGGUUCGAGUCCCGCGUCCGCCCGCGCCGCUCCGCUCCCGCCCGCUGAGCCGGGCCCCGCUGGCCGCGGAGAUGGGCGACAUGGAGUCCUACAAGGUGAUGCUGAAUGGGCCGGCACCCUGGGGCUUCAGGCUGCAGGGAGGGAAGGAUUUCAGCAUGCCACUCUCCAUCUCCAGGCUGACUCUGGGUGGGAAGGCAGCCCAGGCCGGCGUGGGAGUGGGCGACUGGGUGCUGUACAUCGACGGGGAGAGCACCAGUGCCAUGACACACAUCGAGGCCCAGAACAGGAUCCGUGCCUGUGGGGACAGGCUCUGCCUCACCUUGAGCAGAGCCCAGACCCAGCUGGGGAAGCCGCAGAAGGACUCACUCCCCUGCUCUGAACCCCUGAAAUAUAACUUCGCUCCCAGCACCGCCCUCAACAAAACCGCUCAGCCCUUCGGGGCCGGCUCACCUCCGAACCCGCGGCCCGGGCUGGUGACGAAACCCGUGACGUACGCGCCCCUGGCGCCCGCCUGCACCCCCCAGCACAACGGGCAGCCCCCACAGCUGCUGGAGUCCCCCAGCACCCCUGUGUGUGACCCUGUGAAGCUGCGGAUGUUAGAGGACAUUGAGGACUCAAAGCCCCACAGCUGGACCUCCCAGUCCCGUUCCUUCCGCAAACUGUCCCGCCUGGUGGGCGCAGACGCCAUGUUGUGCUACCAUUGUUUUCAAUAUCACAGGGAUGCCCAUGGGUCCAGCUGGGGCACAGUGGAGCAGUGGCAGCCUCCACAGCCUCUGGAGCCGCCCAGCACCCCCGGGUGUGAUCCUGGGAAGCUGAGGAUGUUGGAGGAUGCUGAGGACUGGCAGCCCCGCACCGGGACCUCCCAGUCCCUCUCCUUCCGCAAACUGGCCCAGCUGACGGGCACAGAUGGCAGUGAGUUCCCACAGGGCCUGGCACUGCCUGGGGGUGCGGGACUGUUUUGGCACAGCCAGAGGUUGGGAGAGGCAUGGAGGAUGGUGAGGAUGAAUUUAUUAAAAAGCCCAGGAGUGAAUGCUGUCAGCAUUUCCACAAGGCUCAUGUGUGUCUGGGCUUGUGGAUACGUAUGGGGAGGGGUGUGCUGGUCAGACACUGACUGUUGUGCCACCAUUCUUUCUGAUACUACAGGGAUGCCCAUGGGUCCAACUGGGGCACGGGGCAACAUCGGUGAGUGCCAAGUGUUGGCAGAGGUGUUGGCAUGUACCAGGGCACCUUUUGGAGUGCUUCCCUGUUCCAGAGCAGGGUCCAGUCCUGGUGCUGAGCUCCUGCCCUCUGUCACUCACAGGCAGCCCCCGCAGCCUCUGGAGCCCCCCGGUGACACUGUGUGUGACCCUGUGAAGCUGCGGAUGUUAGAGGACAUUGUGGACUCAAAGCCCCACACCUGGACCUCCCAGUCCCGUUCCUUCCGCAAACUGGCGCGGCUGGUGGGCGCAAGCAGCAUGGAUGAUGGUGAGGAUGAGCCCAUUAAAAAGCCCAGGGAUUCCCAUGGGUCCAGCUGGGGCAUAGUGGAGCAGCGGCAGCCUCUGGAGCCCCCCAGCACCCCCGGGUGUGAUCCUGGGAAGCUGCGACUGAUGGAGGAUGCUGAGGGCUGGCAGCCCCGCACCGGGACCUCCCAGUCCCGCUCCUUCCGCAGACUGGCCCAGCUGACGGGCACAGAUGGCAUGGAGGAUGGCGAGGAUGAGAUUGUUAAAAAGCCCAGGGAUUCCCACGGGUCCAGCUGGGGCACGGUGGAGCAGCGACAGCCCCCACAGCCUCUGGAGCCCCCCAGCACCCCCGGGUGCAACCCUGGGAAGCUGCGACUGAUGGAGGAUGCUGAGGACUGGCAGCCCCGCACCGGGACCUCCCAGUCCCGCACCUUCCGCAAACUGGCCCAGCUGACGGGCACAGACAGCAGCAUGGAGGAUCAUGAUGAUGUGUUUGUUAGGAAGCCCAGCCAGGUCUCCGUGCCGGACCCGUCGCCAGGAGCAACAAUGAAGACUGAGCCAGGAUUGGCCCCCAGGACCCCCAGUGCCACCCCCAGCCCCACCAGCCGCCCACCCUGGGCUGUGGACCCCUCGUUUGCCGAGCGCUACGCCCCGGACAAGACGAGCACGGUGGUGAGCAAGCACAGCCAGCCGGCCACGCCGACCCCCAUGCAGAACCGCAGCUCCAUCGUGCAGGCAGCCCAGCAAGCCCCCGAGGGGCCCGGCCGCACCCCGCUCUGCUACAAGUGCAACAAGGUCAUCAGGGGACGGUACCUCGUGGCGCUGGGACAUUAUUACCACCCCGAGGAGUUCAUCUGCUGCCAGUGCAGGAAGGUGCUGGAUGAGGGCGGCUUCUUUGAGGAGAAAGGCUCCAUCUUCUGCCCCAAGUGCUACGACACACGCUACGCACCCAGCUGCGCCAAGUGCAAGAAGAAGAUCACUGGGGAGGUGAUGCACGCACUGAAGAUGACCUGGCACGUGCAGUGCUUCACCUGCAACGCCUGCAAAACUCCCAUCCGCAACCGAGCCUUCUACAUGGAGGAGGGACAGCCCUACUGCGAGAGAGACUAUGAGAAGAUGUUUGGCACCAAGUGCCGUGGCUGUGACUUCAAGAUCGAUGCUGGGGACCGGUUCCUGGAGGCGCUGGGGUUCAGCUGGCAUGACACUUGCUUUGUCUGUGCGAUCUGCCAGACCAACCUGGAAGGGAAGACGUUCUACUCCAAGAAGGACAAGCCUCUGUGCAAGAGCCAUGCUUUCUCCCAUGUGUGAGGGGUGGGAAUUCAGCUGUGCCCACACAUGCCCCUGGCCCUGCAUGCUCCCCUUCCCCUGCCCUGCUGGCCCCAGGGAGCCAGGCUGGGCCCUUGGCCCUUUCCCUUGCUCCUGCCUCUUUCCUGGCAGCUCCUGGCUCAACUUCAGCCAGAUACAGUGCUGGGUCCAGAGCAUUUUAUAGCUGGGUGGCUUCUUACGUGCUUCUCAACUGGCCCUAGGAGCCCUGGAAAGGGGAUGCUGCAUGGAUCUCCUGCCCCUGAACCAUGCUGAGGCUGGAAUUGGAGGGGGUCUGCCACGGCUGGCCUGCUCCCUUGCUGCCUGGCAGCCCAGUGCUGGGGCAGGGAUACUCCUUACACAUCCCUGAGUGGGUGAGGACCAGCUUUUGUCUCACUCUCCCCAGCCUUCCCUGCUGUGUGCUUGGGGCUGGAGACCCAGCCCUGCUCCCCUGCUGGGGCCCUGCCCAUGACAACCCACCAGCCACCCUCAAACUGCUGCCGUGGCUUCCUGCCCCAGUUGCAUUCCAGGGGUGUCUGUGCCUCAAGCCCCCCACCCUGCUGCCCCACUGCUCCCCUGGGGCUGGCAACACCCCCAGCCUGGCGUGGCCCAGCCGUGGGGCUGGCAGCGUGUAAUGAUGGCCAGCCCUGCCAGGCUGCUGCUCCUGCAAGGCUUGGGCACAGCUUCCUACCAAAGAGCUCUCUGCCACUGCCAUCCUGGGGCCACUGAUGCCUCCCCCCAAACCACACCCUCCGGUUGGGCUGUGCUGAUGUAGCCACGGUGCUUUUAGUGCCUUUAAUAAACACAUCUCUGCAAGUGC